AUGCUCCACUGCCAGACGCAAUUGAAAGCAGUCAUAUCCAGACGUUACUUAAGAACGUUGCACGACACGGCAGAUUAUUAUAAUUUUUGUUCAUAUCUAUCUAUCCCAGUCUGUUCAUAUCUAUUCCAUCCCAGUCUGUUCAUAUUCAUCUAUCUAUCUAUCUAUCUAUCUUCAUCUAUCUAUCUAUCUAUCUUCCAUCUAUCAUAUUCAUCUAUCCCAGUCUGUGUUGAUUCAAAAUUGAUCUAUCUAUCUAUUCAUCUAUCUAUCUAUCUAUCUAUCCCAGUCUGUUCAUAUCUAUCCCAGUCUGUUGACAUAUCUAUCUAUCUAUCUAUCUAUCUAUCUAUCUAUCAUUCAUUUAUUUCAUCCCAUCUGUUCAUAAAGUCUAUCUAUCCCAGUCUGUCGUUUCACAUCUAUCUAUUUCUAUCCCUAUCCCAGUCUGUUCAUAUCUAUCUAUCCCAUCUGUUCAUCUAUCUAUCUAUCUAUCUUUUAUCUAUCUAUCUAUCUAUCUAUCCCAGAUCUAUCUGUUCAUCUAUCUAUCUAUCUAUCUAUCUAUCUAUCUAUCUAUCUAUCUAUCCCAGUCUGUUCAUAUCUAUCUAUCUAUUCAUAUCUAUCUAUCUAUCUAUCUAUCUAUCUAUCUAUCUAUCUAUCUAUCUAUCCCAGUCUGUUCAUAUCUAUCCCAUCUCUGUUCAUCUCUAUCUAUCUAUCUAUCUAUCUAUCUAUCUAUCUAUCUAUCUAUCUAUCUUAUCUAUCCCAGUCUGUUCAUAUCUAUCUAUCCCAGUCUGUUCAUAUCUAUCUAUCUAUCUAUCUAUCUAUCUAUCUAUCUAUCUAUCUAUUCUAUCCCAGUCUGUUCUAUUCUUCUAUCUAUCUAUCCCAUCUUUCUGUUCAUAUCUAUCUAUCUAUCUAUCUAUCUAUCUAUCUCUAUCUGUCUCAAUUUGUUCAGUCUGUUUAUCUAUCUAUCUAUCUAUCUAUCUAUCUAUCUAUCUAUCUAUCUAUCUAUCUAUCUAUCCAGUCUGUUCUUAUCUAUCUAUCUAUCUAUCUAUCUAUCUAUCUAUCUAUCUAUCCCAUUUGUUCAUAUCUAUCUAUUCUAUCUGUUCAUAUCUAUCUAUUUUUUCCAGUCUGUUCAUAUCUAUCUAUCUAUCUAUCUAUCUAUCUAUCUAUCUAUCUAUCUAUCUAUCUAUCUAUCUCAUUCUGGGCAAGGUGCUAAUAGAGGCGACGCCAUUCCGACGGCGUAGCGAUCGAUUGGGCAUGCGCACAAGAACGACCAACAUGGCGGAUAUGCCUUUUUGCUUCUGCCCAAGAAGACGAGACAAGACGCCGCAUCCCACAAACUUGAUUUCAUUUUGCUUCUUCUUCGCUCGCCUGCCUCUUUUUUCACUCCAUUUUUUUUCUACCUACCCCCUUUUAAUCGCCAGUUCACCUUCCUUGUCAAAGAAAUGUCUUCCAUUCUUGUCUCGGGGAACUGUCAUACAACGAGUUGAAAACUUACUUCCGGUUAAGCGUAUCUAUCUAUCUAUCUAUCUAUCUAUCUAUCUAUCUAUCACAAUAGGUUCAUUAUCUAUCUGUCCAUCCAUCUCAGCUUCUCCCUCUAACUUUAUCUAUCUAUCUAUCUAUCUAUCUAUCUAUCUAUCUAUCUAUCUAUCUAUCACAAUAGGUUCAUUAUCUAUCUAUCCAUUCAUCUUAGCUUCUCCCUCUAACUUUAUCUAUCUAUCUAUCUAUCUAUCUAUCUAUCUAUCUGGCACAAGGAUCCUUUCAGUUGACGGAAGGUUGCGGGAAGUGAUAUCCAAUGCUGGGGAUGCUUCGCAGGAGGUAUUCCAUCAUGGUGGCGUGGUUGUAGAAGAAGGCUCUGGGAAUGGAUUUUCUGGCGGUUCAGCACGGACUCAGGAUCAACUCUUUCCAUAUAUAAGUAUAUCUAUCUAUCUAUCUAUCUAUCUAUCUAUCUAUCUAUCUUAG